UAAAUUUUCUCUCCAAAUCCAAUCCCAUGCCCCCAGAUACCCAAUAUUCAGCACGAUUGCCUCUCCAGCUAAGCGAUGAAGAACCCUAACCCUCGUCCCCAGAAGCCCCCCGCCGCCGGCAAGCCCCCCGCCGCCAUGGCACCCCGCAAGUCUCGCUGGGGUCCACCGCCGCCGGCCACUGCCGGCCCCACCCCAGCCGGAGACAAGGCCGCGUCCACCUCGGCCCGCACCCCGACCCCCACUCACUCAGCGGACUCCAGGCGCCAUCCGGCUCCUCCCGUGCCUUCCCCGCUCGCCCGCAACCCUGCGUCGCCGGCGGCAGCUGCCGCGCUCCGGUCGCCGCAGAUUCAGCCGCCGCCUGGGGAGACCCCUCCCCCGCCGCCCUACGGGUUCCAUAACCUCGACCGCCGCACCAUGCUCCUCGCCGAUGGCACCGUCCGCACCUACUUCGCCCUGCCCCACGACUACCCUUUCGAGCCCGCACCCCUACCACCCUUCCCGCACCUCCUCCCUCGCGCCGCCCCGGACCUCUGGCCGCCGCAUCAGCCGCCGCACAUGCCGAUGCCGCCGCACGACGCGAAGCGCAAGCACCCCGCCGACCCGGACGAGGGCUUCCCGAGGCACCCCAAGCAGCCGCGGCUCGACGCGCCGCAUCACCCUCCGCAGCUGCCGCCACAUGCCGCGGUGGACCGUCACGCGCUCAGGAGGGCGUUCCUGAAGUACGCCAAGAUGCUCAACGAGAGCUCCGCGCAGAGGCGGAGCUACCUCGAGGGCGGCCGUGUCCCUUGUCUCGCCUGUGGCAGGUCUUCUAAGGACUUUGUUGAUGUGCAUGGACUUGUCAUGCAUGCUUGCAACCCACCAAAUGCAGAUUCAUUUGUUGAUCAUCUUGGUUUGCACAAGGCAUUAUGUGUCCUUAUGGGAUGGGAUUAUACAAAAGUCCCUGAAAACUCCAAGGAAUACCAAUCGUUACCUGGUGACCUUGUCCGAGCAAGUAGGGAGGACCUUAUCGUGUGGCCGCCAACUGUUAUCAUUCACAAUACUGCUACUGGGAGGAAGAAAGAUGGUCGCUUCGAGGGUUUAGGGAACAAAGACAUGGAUAAGAAAAUGACAGAGCUAGGGUUUUCUGGUGGCAAGUCGAAGUCCUUGUAUGGAAAGGAAGGGCACUUGGGUUUGACACUUAUCAAGUUCGCAAACAGCCCAGCUGGCUUGAAGGAGGCUGAGCGUCUUGCUGUGUUCCUUGAGAGGCAAGAUCAUGGACGUGUAGGUUGGUCACGUGCACAAGCCGCACGCUCUGUAGAUUCUGAUCAGAACCCUUUACUGGUCGAGACUGAUAAUAGAACAGGUGAGAGAAACAGGAUACUUUAUGGAUACCUAGCUAUUGCAUCAGACCUGGAUGAAUUAGACUCAGAUUCGAGAAAAAGGGCUUUCCUCAAGAGCAGAAUUGAAUUUGACCCAACUGACUAGUCUCUUGUCACAAGGCCCACCUCAUCAGUUUAUUUGCUUUGCACCGAAGGGUGUACACCUAUCUUUGAUGCCAAUUUCAUAGAUUUGUGCUGCUGCUAUGCACGAGACAUCUUACCCUGAAUAUAAUACCUGCACCUAGGAGGGUUAUGAUCAUUUUUCUGGGAACUAUAUAUAUAUUUAUAGUAAGUGUGUUUUCUGGCAAGCGUCUAUUGCUCACUGAUUGAAUUGUCAUCUGGAAGAGUUCUAUCUUCUUCGUUACUAAUAAUUGAUUGCUUCCUAUUUGAAGUGUGAUGUUGGUCUUGCGUAGAGUAUGCCCGGUAGAUGAUCUUUUCAAUGCCUUAUAUUACUUUAAGACAAUGGUGCAUUUCCCUUAAGAGGGUUGUCACUACUUUUUGGUGUUGGUUCGUUGUUCAUUGAAUAUUGGCAGUGAAGAUGUAAUAUAGUUCUUGUUUCUCAAUACUAUUCAGUAUAUCAUUACACUA